UGCAUAGGGAUUUUUGGCGACCAAGAAAGGCAACAGAAUAAAUAAUAAAAUAAAAUAAAAUAAAAUAAAAUAAAAGGAAGGAAAAUAUAUGGGUGAUUUCAUAGAGGACGAGGCUGUUGUUGAUACGUUUGGUUUCAGCGUCUGAGAAAACUGAUACAGAUUAUACCCUAUCUCCCAUAAAACCUCUUUUGCCCUAAUUUCAGACACUCGCUUUGCCAUUCUCUUCUCCUCUUUUUCUCUCGGCUUUCUCUCUUUUGCUUUCCACUCAGCCACUCUCUGUUACAAUCCAAACGCAUUGGCUUUGCAUUCACCAAAUAAUUUCAUAUCAAUACAUACUUUGGCGGUUAUUUGAACGGUUAGGGUUUUCUUUACUUCAACAUUUUUCGCGGCUCUGCCGCCUAGGUAAAACUAUUUGCUUCAUUCAUUUCGGUUUUUUGGUUCUUUUCCCAUAAAAAUUUCAUAUAUUUUGGGCCAAUUAUUAUUAUUAAUUUUUUUUUUAAUUUUUUUUUGUGGGUGUGUUUGAACCCUAGCCUUGGGAGGUGUAUUCUAGGGUUUCUAUAUCGAGCCAUUUGCGCGGUUUUCAUUAUCGGUUUCGCUUAUCCUCUAGGGUUUCCCUAAAUAACCUGGUUCAUGUGCGUGAGGUAUUGUUCUAGAAUUGUGGGUCUUACUUUGUUCUUGUCGUUUUGAUAUAUUUUUUCGUGGGCUGAAUUGAGAUUUUGCCGAGAUGAGGGUCCUCUGAGUGGUUGUUAUCUGCAAAUCCAUCUUUAAUAGAAGAUGGAGGCGUAGAUUUUUUUUUUUUUUUUUCAUAAUAUCAUUGUGUUUUAGUCAGCAGCUAUGCCUUUUGUUCUCGCCAUUGCCUUUGUUUUUUCCCUUUGGAUUCGUACAUGUAUGAGAAUCUGCUUCUGGUGAUCCAUGUAUUGAAAGCACAAGCAUUAGUUUCGGGGAAGAAAAGAACCCUUAGGAUUCUUUUGGACAUUGGUGAGCCAUUUUGGUUUUUGCAAUUUUGGGCCUGAAUAGUGGUGACUGUGAAGCAAGAUUGGUUGUCUUGAGAAAAUAAAACUAGGGUUAGGGUUAUGCAUCAUUAACAUUGGGUGGAAGCCCAGUGAUUUUGUAGAGAAAGGGGUGGAGAGAGUAAAGAAAGAUAAGUAGUGUUUUUCUUUUAUAUCUGAUGAUGUGCAACACUCCUUAUGGAAAGAAGUGAACCCACGUUAGUUCCAGAAUGGUUGAGAAGUACUGGAAGUGUUACUGGGGGUGGCAACUCAGCCCACCAUUUUGCUACAUCAUCUUCGCACACAGAUAUUUCUCCACGCUCCACAAGAAAUAGAUCUUCUAAGAAUACAAGUGAUUAUGAAAGCCCUCGUUCGGCAUUUUUAGACCGGACCUCCUCAUCCAAUUCACGGAGGAAUUUGGUCAGUAAUGGUUUUCCAAAGCAUGACAAGGAAUCUAAUGCUCGCGCAUAUAGUAGUUUCUCCAGAAGUCACCGUGAUAAGGACCGUGAUAGGGAGAAAGAUAGGUUAGUCAUUGAAGACCAAUGGGAUCAUGGCAGUUCUCAUCCUUUGGCAAACAUCUUAAUCAAUAGGGUUGAAAAGGAUGUGCUGAGGCGAUCUCAUUCAGUGGUAUCAAGGAAGCAGGUUGACGUGUUGCCUCGAAGAGUUGCAUCAGACUCAAGAAAUGGCGAUAGCAACAAACACAACAAUGUCAAUGGCAUGGUUUCUGGGGCCAGUAUCAUUGGUGGCAUCCACAAGGCUGUGUUUGAUAAGGAUUUCCCUUCACUUGGAACUGAACCUGAUAUUGGAAGAGUUCCAUCACCUGGGUUGAGCAUGGCUGUUCAGAGUUUGCCCAUUGGUAAUUCAUCUUUGAUUGGUGGGGAGGGAUGGACUUCAGCUCUGGCAGAGGUGCCCAUGAUAACUGGAAGCAAUAGCACAGGAUCCUCAUCUGUUCAACAGACUGUUGUUUCUGCUCCAGCAUCUGGGCUUCCAAGUACUACAGCUGGUCUUAAUAUGGCUGAAGCAUUGGCACAGGCCCCAUCACGGGCUCGCACUACACCACAGCUAUCUGUUAACACACAGCGACUUGAGGAAUUGGCAAUUAAGCAAUCUAGGCAACUAAUACCUGUGACACCUUCAAUGCCUAAAUCUUCGGUUCUCAAUUCUUCUGAUAAAUCAAAGCCCAAAACUGUAGUCAGAACCAGUGACAUGAUUGCUGCUUCCAAGACUGGGCAGCAGCAGCCCUCUUCAUCACACCUUGCUAACCAUUCUCUUCGAGGACAUGUGAGAUCUGAUCCUCCAACAACAUCUCAUGGGAAGUUUCUUGUUCUCAAACCAGCACGAGAGAAUGGUGCCUCUCCUACAUCAAGGGAUGUUUCCAGUCCAACAAAUAAUGCUAGCAGCCGAGUAGCAAGCAUUCAGCUUGGUGUUGCUCAUUCAGUUGCAUCUGCUCCUUCGAUUAGUCCAAACUACCCAAAGCUUUCUACCAUGGAGCGCAAGGCAGCUGCUUUGUCUCUGAAUUCUGGACCUACCGCAGAAAAGAGACCUUCCUUUUCUCAAGCCCAGAGCCGUCAUGAUUUUUUCAAUUUGAUGAGGAAGAAAACCUCUGUGAACAGUUCUGCUGUGCUCCCAGAUUCAGGCCCUGCGAUUUCAUCUUCCAACACAGAGAGUGAAGUGUCCAGUGCUCCUGUGAAAUCUCAUGCUAUUGAGAAUGGUGGCCAGGUAACUGGCAAUGGUGGCAACACCUGUGAGGAGGUUGAGAGUCCUGCUGUUGGAGAGAAGCAUUUGGGUACCAAUGCAUCAAUUUGUCCGGAUGAGGAAGAGGCUGCAUUCCUAAGGUCCCUUGGGUGGGAGGAAAGUGCUGGAGAUGAUGAAGGCCUUACAGAAGAGGAGAUAAAUGCUUUCUAUCAGGAGUAUAUGAAAUUGAAGCCAUCUUUGAAACUGCAGCAAGGCAUGCAAGCAAAGCUUUUGAUGCUGCAUGGAUCUCGUACAACUAGUUUGGGUGGAGCUUCUUCCAAAUUGAGCUCAUCUGACUCAGAAUCUGAAGCUUGAUUUACCAGUCCUUAACAUGCUGGAUCUGAGAAGUUCCAAUUUUUGAAGGCGAUUGGUUUGUUUCUUUUUUUCUUUUCCUGGUCCUUUUAUUUUGAAGGAAAAGUGAUGAGUUGGGUAUGGAAAAAGAGGGUGGGUUUGGUUGAACUCUGCAUUUUGCAGUGAAAUAAAUUACAGGUAUUUUACACCCGCCUGUCUGCCUGCCCAAGAUGGGAUUUUCUGAGGUUAAUGAGGUUGGUUGGGAGAUGGUUGGAUUGGUGAUAUUUUGGUCCACAGUGGAAGAUUCUUGCAAAAUUGCAUCUUUAGAGAUAAUUUUCUUCUUUUCUUUUUCUUUCUAGAGGGUUCAAUUCAACAGGAAAAAGCUUAUGAUGUUUUUGAUCAAUUUUACGGGGAAAAAGAAAUCAAAAGUUUUUAUUUUUAGUUUA